GAUGUUNCCCAUCAGAACAAUGAACUCGACCUUGAGAAGCAGAGAGUGGGUCAGCCAUCAUCAGCAUUCGAGCUAUCUACCAGUGAUGUUGAUGCUAAUACACCUACUCCUCCAUUGACAAUUGUUGUUUCUACUAGCUCUCAAGAGGGAUUGUUGCCUAAAAAGGAGCUGUUGUCUGCCACUUCUAGCUCUGAUGAGCAGUGCAGAAUUUGUCAGCAAGACAAGGAAGAAGUCUUGAUAGAACUUGGAUGUCAUUGUCGAGGUGGUCUCGCAAACGCUCAUCGGACUUGCAUAGAUACUUGGUUUCAUACUAAAGGAUCGAACAGAUGUGAGAUAUGCCAGGUCGUAGCGGCGAACGUAGCACCUCCACAAUCACAUCAUGGUACCAACUACUGGAUGUGGAGGAUCGAUCCGACCUACAGAAAUCAAGAACCCCAAAGGCACUGCUUCAGUCCACUUUGGCUGGCUUUUACCAUCCUCAUAGGGGGUCUGCUACUGGACGUUCUUAUAUCCAUCACACUCGGUGUUUCUGCGUUGCCCGUAAAUAUCAUCAUCGGAGUUAUUGUGGUGCUUGGACUUGGAACUGUGUUUCGACUUGCUGUGGAGUUCGUUCAGGAGUGGAAUUCAACGAGAGUAUCACAAAGGGUGGAAUCAAAUGUCACCAUUGGGUACUUCCCAGCUAUAUAGUCUUUGACUCUUUGUUUCAAUGUGAAAAAUAAAACCAUUAAUAAAUAAUGUCAAAAUAUAUCUUAGUUUUGUCUUU